UUUGAAUAUCAAUUAAAAGGCUUGUGGGCAUGGCGUCCUCCUCUCAAUUUAUUUCCCUGUCAGAGCGACGGAGGAAGCGUUCCUGCACGCGUAUAUGAAUAUCACAGUGCUCCUUGUAAAGCCAUAAAUACCACACAGUGCACCAAGAGAUACCAGUCUAAGACGGGUGACAAGAGGAAGUGAGUGACCUUUUACUGGGUAACUGUGUCAAGGGAUGGCAGGCGAAGAGACAUCUUCCUCAUGUUCCACACCUUCAGAGGCCCAUGAAGCCACUGAACAGUUGGGAUGUGUCACUGUCGAACGCCAUGUUCCACGGGUCAAUUGUCCAGAACAUAUUAUUCUUGUCAUAGACGUGUGCAAAGAAGAGGGAAAUACACCGUACAAGCUUGCAGAUGGUACAAAAUAUUCACCAAUGUAUAUGAUGAAACGUGCUCUUACUCUCUUCUUGCAAAAUAAGCAUGCCAUUGAUUCAAGGCACAAGUUUGCUCUGGUGCUGCUUCAUGAGUCACCAGUUUGGCUCCAUGACUUCACAAGUAACCCAAAAGACAUAAUCGCAGAGCUGGAUGAGUUGGAAGACGCCGUUACUUCUGGAUCCCACCUUGACCUGAGCCAUCUCUUUAGCCUCAUUGCAAACCAGGUGUCGGUACCUCAUUGCUCAAACCCAGCUGUGGCUCCUCCACCCUAUGUCAUCAGAACAAUUAUGCUCUAUGGAAGGUCACAGUGUUUACCGCAGUUCCUUUCGGGUAAAACAAGCUUCACCAACCUGAAUCAGAGCCCACAUUACUUCCUUGAUAUUUUGUAUAUGCAUGAGACACCAAGUGAUGACAAUAAGUGUGAGGGGAUCUUCGACUUAUUGUGCGGACUAGAUGAGAGCGGUUGGAGCUACGUCUUGGAGGUAUCUCGCAAUGCCACCAAGCUGCACAAUCACUGUGGCUCCCUCCUUGCUCACCCACUGCAACGACCCACACAGAAGGACGUGCAUUAUACACUCGUGGCAUCAGAGUAAAACAGAGACACGCAAGAAGAGAAAGAAAGAUGAAGAUGGAUUAGCAGAUAUAGACAAGCAAAACAAAGCAAUGAUACAGACAAAUAGUCAGAUAGAGAUAAACAAUGGAUGGACAGACAGACAGAUAGAAGAAAACUUGUUUUACAAAUAAGUGUCAUAUUUUGUUAGCUACCUACUAGUAGUAAAAGUUGCCAUGAAAAUGUACCAAUGUGUAUGAAAUAUGUAUGAAAUUUGCACUUUUUGAUAAGUAAAGGAAAAAAUAUCA